AUGACACACAAAUCAUAUAACUCUGAAAUAUGCCAAAAAACUGAAUAUAAGAUCAAAAAAUUAGUAAUUGAAAAGAAAAGAAAGUUAAACCAGAAAGAAAAUGAAAAACUGGAAGCUCUUAAGCAAAUUUUAGUAAUGAUGCACAAAUUAUAUGACCCUGAAAUAUGCCAAAAAACUGAAUGUAAGAUCAAAAAAUUAGUAAUUGAAAGAGAAAAAACUAGAAAGAAAAUAGAAAACCAAAAGCUCAAUAAUACCCUUAAGCAACACUCAGAAGAAUAUAAAGAUGAUCAAGAUUAUGCAUUAUCCAAUUUAGAAAUUAUGAUCAUCAAAUAUUACUUAAGUAUUUGA